CGGUUAUGCGCAUGCGUAUAUCUGCAAUUCCUUAUUUUCCCUCGUGCCAUUCAGUGAUCGUGUCAUAUUGUUCGUGUAGUAAAUACAAAUCAAAUUCCAGGGAAAUUUCCUUGGAUUCUAGUUAAAUAAUUAAUUUAUCACAAGAAAAUGGCAGAUCCACGAAUUAAACAAAUUCGCAUCAAGACAGGAGUUGUAAAGCGAUUGACAAAGGAGAAGAGUAGCUAUGAAAAAGAAGUUGAAGACCAAGAAAGGCGAAUACAAAAAAUGAAGGAUGAAGGAAAAGAUGAAUAUGACAUAAAAAAACAGGGAGAAGUUCUUCAAGAGUCUAAAGCUAUGGUUCCUGACUGCCUAAAAAGAUUAAACACAGCUUAUUCUGAUCUUGUGAAUUUAUUGGCAAGCGAAUCUGAUUUGAAAUCUGCAGAAGAGUACACUCAAGCUGAAGUGGCCUGUGCUGCUGCCAAAGAAAUGUUAGGUUUAUGAUAAGGAGCAAAGAUAUAUGUUUACUAAAAUAACUGAGCAUUGAUGGCUUGGUCUCUCCUUUUUUUUAAGCUUUCACUGAUGAAAGAAACAGAGGAAAAUGCUGGCCAUUUAUUGUGAUAUGCUAGAAAUUAAAGAGAAUGAGUGAGAAAUUAAACAUGCAACAAAUUAUUUUUCCAAUUUUUUUCAGUAUUCUUGUGUUUCUCAAUAAAAAUUUCAGUUAACAGAAAAAAUAAAAUAUCUUAAAAUUGUAGGCAGACAAACCAAUAAAAGAUUCACGCUGUAUUUCAUUCAUUACAUACUUUAAAGUGAUUUAUUCUAAGCAUGGAAAUGUUACGAAUUUGAAGUAGUAACAAUCAUUUACUAUAUUUAUUAGAAUAUUUCUUUUUUUUUUUUUACUUUUCAAAUAAACUGCUUUUCUAUCACAGUUCUUGAAUUUCUUACUUCUCACUGAUUUGGAUAUCAAUGAUGUUUUGAAAGACUGAAAACAGUCACUGAUCAACUUACAAAUGAAUCAAUAACUGAAGCUAUUUGCUUGAGCUUUCCUACAAGUGACAAUGCACUUUCCUGAUUAUGGUUGGCUAUUUUUAUUAAUGGUGUAAUUUACCAUUAACAAAUGCUUUAAGUAAAAAGUUUAAUAAAUUGUCAUAAAAACA